ACAACAGUAUUCGUCGAGAGCAGAACUUCGCUGUGCGAAAAAAGAUUAUUAAACCGGCAGAAAACUUUUUUCUGAAGCAACAUAACCUGAAAAUAUAAAAAGAACUUAAAACAAAAUGUCGAUAUCUCAUCUGAUUUCGCUGGUUGAUGCUCUGAACGAGCCUCGUCAACCCGUCUACGACUUUGGAUUGGGCAUGCAUCCGCGCCAGCUACAAGCUCGGGCCAUGCCCCAGUCACUAUUGUCUCCAUGGCAGUGCCCACAUCCAGCCUGUCCCACAUCGCCAGCCGGCAAGAUUAUGGCCAGCCGGCGCAAUCGCGAUUUGGCGAAGAUGACAAAUGGAGAGGGCGAUGGAUGGCGCUGGCCCGUCUCGCAGGUGGGCAAAGAUGGCUUCCAGGUGUGCAUGGACGUCACCCAGUUCACGCCCAGCGAGCUGAACGUCAAGGUGGUGGACAAUUCCAUUGUGGUCGAGGGUAAGCACGAGGAGCGCGAGGACGACCAUGGCUACAUCUCGCGCCAUUUUGUUCGUCGGUAUGCCCUGCCCCAGGGCUAUGAGGCCGAUAAGGUGGUCUCCUCUCUGUCCUCGGACGGCGUGCUCACUGUGAGCGUGCCGAAGCCGCAGCCCAUUGAGGAUAAGUCCAAGGAGCGUGUGAUUCAGAUCCAGCAAGUGGGACCUGCACAUCUGAAUAUCAAGGAGAAUGCCGCAGAGAACAAGCAGGAGGAGUCGAAAGCCAAAAACGCAGCCAAUGGCGGCAAAAACACCAAAUAGAAGCUGUGCAUCAUUCUCUCAUUAUCAUUCCUAAUCAUAUCACAUUCUAUUUAUUAAAAACGAUAUGUACAAACAAAAAGACUAAUAAGU